UGAGCUCAAGGUCGAGUUCUCAACAUCUCAACCUUGCGUCGGUGAAGAACGAACGAGUUCUGGGCUUAACCCAGAAUAUUACCACUGAACGACAGUAGACAUUAGGUAGCCUGAGGUUGUAUUCCACAGUUUUACAAUGGUUCUCCAAACGCUUACAGCGGAUACACUUUAUUAUUACCCUCAACCACAGCCUCGAAGACGACGAAAACUGAAUGCUACCCACAAAAGUUUGAUUAUUUGGCACGUCAUAGCUGCUUGUUACUACUUAUGCAGUUCUUUUUGCACGGCUGAGACGGGAAGAGGAAAUUUCGAACUAGUAGACUUAAGCCAUGUGUUUGAUAACACCACCAUUUAUUGGGUUACGGAAAAACCUCUCUUCCUGAAUGUAACAUUUAAUGGGACAGUUCCAGGCAAAGGAUACUGGUAUCAAAAAGAUGAAAUAUAUGCUGCUACACAUGGUGGAACACAUCUAGAUGCACCAUGCCAUUUUGCUGUUGGCCGUUGGUGCGUUUCAGAUAUACCAUUGAAACGAUUGGUGGUCCCUGCUGUUGUAAUAGAUAUCAGUCACCAUGUGAAAGAAGAUCCAGACGUUCAUUUGACUAAAGAUCAUCUAAUAGAGUGGGAAUCGAAACACGGGGAGAUACCUGAUGAAAGUGUGCUUUUUGUCAAGACUGGAUGGUCUCGUUUCUGGCCGGAUCCUGCUACAUAUAGUGGAACAACCGAACGCAAUGCGUCACUACUGAAAUUUCCAUCCAUAAAACCUGAAGCUGCAAAGUGGCUAAUCGAGAAUCGUAAAAUAGUUGGUUUAGGAAUCGACAGCAUGUCAAUGGAUGUGCCAAACCAAGGAGUGCAGACCCAUGUUACACUUAAUGAAAAGAACAUAUAUGGACUUGAAAAUGUAAAUAACUUAGAUGCUUUGCCACCCAAAGGAGCUACUGCUUACGUUAUGCCGAUGAAACUAAAAGCGGCAAGUGGUGCCCCAUGCAGAAUUGUGGCACAGAUUCCCCAAGAUUUGUCAAAUGGUGUAGCAACCAUGACUUGUACAUCAAACUGGAUUUCAAUCAUGGUCUUAACUUUGCUUUUCGCAUACUGGACGCAAAAUCUGUUAAGACCGUAAUUCAAAUGACGAACUUUCUUGCGCAAAGAGUUUGCAAUGUCGAACAGCAGUUGCUCAAAUUUAUCAUAUGUACAGAUUCUACAUAAACUCAUCUUCAUUGACAUAGUGCUGAAGUGUUUUAUAUUAUAUUGGUAGAAGAAUUUUGCAAUAUCUUGUUAUUGAGAACAUCAAAGAUGUACUGCUAAAUUGUCUGAUAGUUUACAAAUAAUGUUGCAGAACGUUUACAAGAUUUGUUGUAUAGAUUACUUUUAUGCUGUAAAAAGCUUCUUUUAGCACAUUUUUGAAAUUUUUUUGAUCUUGUUACAUAAAUUUUACAUUCAUGCUAUUGUA